AUGGCGGCGCUGGGAAGUGGGAUUCUUGUGAAGCUGCUGGAGGGGAUGAGGAACGGGGAGGAGAAUCCGGUGGGGGAGCACAGGAGCGCGCUGUUGCAGGUGACGGACAUCGUGCCGGCGGAGCUUGACGAGAAGGAUCUGUGGCCGAAGCACGGCUUCUACAUCAAGCUCUCAGAUUCCUCCCACUCCGCCUACGUGAGCCUCCCCUUCGACCAGGACGAGCUCGUCCUCUGCAACAAGAUCCAGCUAGGGCAGUUCAUCCAUCUCGACCGGCUCGAACCAGGCUCGCCGGUGCCGGUGAUGAAGGGGGCCAGGCCGCUCCCCGGGAGGCAUCCUCUGGUGGGCACGCCGGAGCCGCUCCUCCGAGCUCGGAGAACCGGCGAGAAGCCGGCCUCCGGCCACCGGAGGGGCUCCUGGGAGACGGACGGCGGCGGCGGGGCCGCCGGCGCCACUGGUGUGUCGUCUUCUCCGGCGCCGGCGGUGAGGCCAAUCGUGUUCAAUUUUGCAGAGGAGACCCCGAGGAAGGAGCUCGCCGGCGGCCUCCGGUCUCAGGCUUCUCCUUCGCCGGCGAUGAGGAGGGGGAGGAUAGGGAGUAGUGAUCUGGAGCAGGUUCCAUGCUCUCCCGGGAGAGCCAUGGAUUCCAAGGGCGAGAACUCUCUGCUCAGGAAGAGCUCGUCUGUGUUGAGGUUUCCGAGGAGCAAGAGUGCGUUUGAGAGAGAAAUUAGGCCCCCCAAGAGCCCUUUCUCUUCUAGAUCGAGAACCGAAGCGAAGCCCAUUUUGUUUUCUCCGGCGCCGGCGCGGGAGAAGAAGGCCCCCCCGUCGCCGGCGCCGGACAAGAAGACCACCCCCGUCUCGGACGACGACGAACAGACCCAUCAGGCCCUGUCUCUGCCGGGGAAGCUCAAAUCCCUCGGGAAGGUCGAAGAUAAUUCUCCUCCCAAUCCUCCAUGAAUUCUCUCCCUCGUCUAGUUUUUCGUCCUCCUGAUGCAGAGAUUGAAUCAAAAACAGGAAGCGGUGCAGCAGAGGGAGGCAGCCCAGAAGGUCGCCCUCCGAGCUCUGAGAGACGCCUCCGCCUCUGAAACCCUAGUCCGUCUCCUCAAGUACGCACGACCUUGCACCCCCCCCCGCCCCCCCCGCCCCCCCCCAACACCACCUCUUCCUCCUCCCUCGAAGAAACCCUAAUUCAUCGUCCUCUUUGAUCUCUCAGGAUGUUCUCUCAUCUGAGCGGGUCGGCUAAACCAGAAGCUCCAGCAGAGACCUUCGACCAGUUCCUCAGCUUCCACCAGGAAAUCGUUCAGGCGGCGGCCCACAUGGAGACGAUACUCGCCGCAACGUCCUCCUGCAGAACGAAGAAGACGGAGGAAGGAGACAAAGAGGAAGAAGACGACCCCAAAACCUCCUCUUCCUCCAUUUUAAUGGAGAUAUCUCAGAACUCGGCUGACCUGGGCGGCGGGCGAUCAGCAAAGAGGAGGGCCAUGGGGGCGGUCUCGAAGUCGGUCAGCUUCUCCGCCACCACCCCGAGCAAGCAAUCGAGGUCAAGGGUGGCUCCGCCGCCGGAGGAAACCACAACGCCGCCGGUGACGACGCUGGAGAACUCGAUCAGAAUGGCCAAGCUGGUUCAGAGGGAGGCGGGGAACUGGUUCAUGGACUUCCUGGAGGCGGCGCUGGAGACGGGUCUGAAGAAGGGCAGAGCAGCGGGCGGGAAGGGGAAGGCGGCGCCGCCGUCCUGCCCGCAGUCGGUGCUGCUGAAGGUCAUUAACUGGGUGGAGGUGGAACAGGCCGACAACUCUAAGCGGCCUGCUCACACCAAGGCUGCCCAGAUUGCGAGGAAACUGAGGAUCAAGGUCAAAAACCCGUAG